GUGGCCGCCAGACUCGCCGACCACUUCCGGAGACGGUCGAUCUGACACCACGCUAUGGCCAGGGCCGCAAGACCAGUACAUCGAAGCGCAAACGAGACACACUUCAUGAUAUCACCAACCACAGCCGACACCGCGGAGAUUUGGGGAAGGCACACGCCCUCAAGUCCAGUAGUAACACACAUAGUCAUCAUGACGUGAACGAGACUGUACAUGCUAGUACACGGGAGGAGAAACCUAAUACGCAACCACAGCACAACAAACAACAGCGGCGCAGUGACGGGUUUGCCAAACCACGGUCUAUGUUUCUACCACCCCCCUCGCCCGCGAGAAUGGAUACAGAGGUCAAAUCCAACCGAUCACAGCAGGCCCAUACUCGCGCAUUGGUCUCGCCGGAUGAGCGGCGACCGAUUAAAGAUGCAGCUCCAAGCGCCCCACGUAAUUAUAUCGCUGACAAGCGUAAGCUGCUCAGAGUGCAUUCGGAGAAGGUGAGACAAGACCCGCAGUCGUGGCAGCAGGAGAGUCUAUCCCAAUCAGUUCACCCCCAGCGAAUACUAAUCGACGACAACGACGACAUUACCAAUCCCAAAGUCCCCAAAGCCAGUACGAGCUCCGAGCAACCGGAGGGGAGGGUGGAUGAGAAUUCUUCAUCUCAUGAGGUGGCUUUCAAGCGGCCGCUUGCUCACGACCGUAGGUCUCUGUAUGAGUCGUAUCGAAAUAUCGAUGGCGCGUACUCACAUGUAGACGGGAAGGGGAUCGGAUCACACCCCCGUGCAUUGGGGGAUAAACACACUUACAAAGUACAGCGAUCGACAGAUAAGAGAGAAGGGGCAGACAGGGGUGGAUUGCACGCAUGGAGUGAGGCGUCCGCGAAGCGGCCGCGGAAAGAGCGCCGCACACAUGAUGAGAGCAUAUAUUCAUCCCGAUCCCGUCAUAGCACACAUGACUUUCAUGAGGGGCACGUGGAUAAGGUCAUGGAAAGCGAAGACAACAUCGAAACCAUUCCCAGAAUGCGAGACGGAAGCGAGCUUGUCAAUGUAUCACCUACACGCAAAAGGACGCAGACACUACAUGCGUUGGGGAUUCCGCAGCCAGGUAGCUCAGGGGAUGAUACAGACAACAGAUCAGCCGUAGGCAAGGGAUGUAUUGAGAACCGACGACGUGCGCAAGACUGUAGUCCAGAAGAAACUUGGGAAUAUGGAGAUGCACUCGUACCGGUGCGCAGGAUGUCGGCGCAGAUGCAAUCCAAGAUGCAUGCUAGUGCACAGAAAUCAACUUCUCCAUUCCAUACAGACGAAUAUAAACAUGCUGCACCCCGUACCAACAGCACUACUCCCGUGGCAGCUACCGUCUCACUGCGUGCCCACGCUGACAGACAACCACAGCAGUCGAAGAGCGUUCGUGGCAGCCGUGAUGGGCGUACAACUAAAAUCCAUGCCACCAAGACAUCGCAACAAGCGCUACAAGUUGUGGAGUUGGUGGACAGGCAUCCAGGCACACCAUCGGAGAGCGGACCACGAUGCAGUAUUCCGCAUAAGCACGACCACCUGUCAACAAACCCCGACACUCGCACUGAAAGGACCAUAGAGUCCAGUGAGCGACCUGCCCUACUCCUCACGCCUGUGUCUAACCAUAUGCCGUCAUGCUAUCAGCGUCUUGCUUCGGUCGUAGUGACCAACAAAGGAUACCGCGAUGGUGGAAGUAUCGCUACCGGGAGAAACUCGGUACAACCACCACGGUUUAUGUGUCCACAAGCACUCGGUGUGUACUCGGAGGAGUUGCCUGCCACGCAUCACCCUGAUGUUUCGCAGAGACCUCGGGCUGUGACAGAUGUGGGCCAUGGCGAAGUGUUAUUGCGCAGGGCUGAUGGAUCGGUCUACACGGCCUCAGUUGUUCGCUAUUCCACUGUGGUGUUAGGUAGCGCUCAUGGUUGUAUCAAACAUUCUCGUGAAGCAGUCGUGAAGGCACAAGUAUACAAUGACGGAGACAGACGCUCACUGAACCGCCCCAGCGACAAUCAGCAUGGCCAUUGGCAAGGCUUGUUUGCUCACAGCGGCGCUGCAGGAAACACCGAGAGUUAUACUCGCCACCCAGGUACAUCGCGACACAAGACGCUCAAGCCAUCAUUAGGCAGUGAGAAAAUCGACAGGUGCAAAACCGCCCCAGGAUUAUGCGGCAUGCUCUCUCCCGCGCACACAUUGCCUGCGGAGGUGGAAGCGAGUGUGAGUACGAGUGGCGGGAUCAAGCCAGAAAGCGGUAAGACUGGGCUCACAGUACUUAACCAACCAAACGGGGGUGAUGUCGCCCUUCACAGAGCUGAGCUUCCAUUGAGUGGGCACGGCUAUCCUACAUUAGAGGUGGCCGGCACUGUAAAGGCAGUCUCGGAAAGGCGGGGGCAUCGAGGCUCUGCUGUUGUAGAGCUUGGGUCAUCUCAAAGCCCUCCAGAAAGUGCCGUGCGAUGUGAAGGUCUUGUAACUAAACACACUACAUCUGCGCCGUUGAAGUCACUAUCGGCCGCGAGUUGCCCAGUAGAGAAUGGGGACGUAGUAUGUGCCGGAAACAAGACUGCCACCGGAGUGACAUGUGACAAUGCUGAUACUGCAGCUGGAGUACUUGAGAGUGGUACCACGUACUAUCAGCGCAAAGAGGCGAGUGCUGCGAAGCCACCUUCAAAGGGCACCGAUCAUGUGCGUGCUCAGAGCCCGGAUGGUCAAAAGAUCAGUGAGCGCGACUGCACAGUGGAUGCUCAUCCCGUCGUAGACACAGAUGCGGUGGUGUGCCGAGACGCAGUACGCAAGUCGGAAAAAGUGCCUCGGGCGCGGCCGAUUAUCGAGGAGGAACUUGUCCGGGAUGCAGCACGUACGAAGCAGCAAAACUCAGUCGACAGUAGGUUUAUGUCACAAUCUGUGGCGCUGCUUCAACACCUGCCCACUACUGGAGAAGCCGAUUCGCGCACAGAGCAAUUAAGCGAAUAUGCGUCUGUAGCUGGCUGUUGCACUGGCAUGACCAAGACCGCCCGUGGUAGCUCACGAAAAGUUGACCCUACGCACAACAAUACAAUUAGUUCAAUCAAGCACACUGCGAUGGAAGUAAGUCCUGAUUUAAAUGCGUUUGAGCGGUCCAUUCGUGCCGACACCGCUGACGACUCCCGAGACGGCAGCGAUCGACCCGAUAGGUCUGCGAGCUCUGCAAUGGAACAUGGAAUGGUGAAUGGUGGUCAUGCCGGUCUCCCAAUCGUCGAACGUGCUGUAUUUCGCAAGCAAGCAGCUCCCCCUGAGGUCCGUGAUCAUCUCACGGCAAAGCUACCACUAAGAACAUCGGUAAAGGAAACAAACAUUGAGAAGCAAUGGAGUGAUCUACUUGUUGGUACUUGUCAGGCUGGUUCAACCUCAACCAAAGGUCUGUUGUUUGCCAGUGAAGCGCAGUCUAGGCGUGAAAUCCAGACGAGGCUUCUGUCCCACAAUGCAACCAACAGUCUACGCAGGCCUCAACCAGGCGAGAAGGUCAUUCAACGGCCAGAUGGUCUGCGCCGACAGGAUACAGCACUACUUUCGACAUUCAAACAUGAUACGCACAUGUUCUCAAGCGAAACCGAUAUCUGGCUGCAAAGCCAGGCCGACAGUAUGCUUGCGCAACAUGAUUGGUGA